AUUCAGAAGUUGAAAACGAGCCGACGACAGCGGGCAAACGACCGGGAGAGGAACCGGAUGCACGGCCUGAACGAGGCCCUCGAAGUCCUGCGGACCACCCUGCCCAACUCGACCGACGCCAAGAUGACCAAGAUCGAGACCCUGCGCUACGCGUGCAAUUACAUCAGCGCCCUGGCGGCCAGCGUCAAGCUCCUGGAG